AUGCAAGAAGAAGACACCAAGGCCGUCGCCGACCCCCCCAAGCCCGACUUCUGGCGGGACCCGCGCCCAACGAAUGAGAACCCCAACUUCGUGCGCGACUACUUCGCCUCCUCGCGCCUGCACUUCAUCGGCUCCUUCCGCGCCCGCUACGAAUCCAUGAUGGUCGCCGUCGCCGCCAACCUCGCCGUCAACCCGCGCCUGCUGCUCCAGUCCUCCGCCGAAAAGGGCCUCCUCUCCGCGAAAACUACCCGCGCUGAGCGGGUCAUCGUCCACAUCGACAUGGACUGCUUCUUCGCCAGCAUCGCCGUCAAGAAGAACCCGGCCCUCGCGGGCAAGCCCAUCGCUGUGUGCCACGGCGGUGGCGAGAUCUCCAGUUGUAGUUACGAGGCGCGGAAGUUCGGCGUCCGCGCAGGCACGUUUUUUCGCGACGGCCGUAAGCUAUGCCCGGACCUGCUCAGUGUGCCGUACGAGUUUCCCAUGUAUGAGGAGGCCUCCCUUCUCAUCUACGCCAUCUUCUACAGUUCACCCACCGUAAGCGUCGAGGCCGUCAGCGUCGAUGAGGCUUACCUCGACAUCACAUUGGCUAUCGGCGAUGAUAGGCACGCCAGUCAAUCAGGGGCCGAUGCCCUAGUGCGAAGUUUGCGAGACAAGAUAUUCGCGAGCACCGGGUGCACGGCCAGCGCGGGGAUAGGACCUUCAAAGCUUGUGGCGCGCCUGGCGACGAAGGCAGCCAAGCCGAACGGCCAGAUGCGCGUCCGCCAGGAGAAUGUCAUCGCAUAUCUCGAUACGCUACAAGUCAAAGACCUGCCUGGCAUCGGGUGGCGAACAGGGCGACGACUUCGCGAAAAAAGCAUCACCACCGUACCACAGUUGAGGGCUCUCUCGCUGGCGGAGCUACAGUCCGAGUUUGGCGGGCGCCAGGGCCAGGUCUUCUACAACCUGGCCCGUGCACUUGACGCCCGCCCAGUCGAGCCGUUGAAGCCCAGAAAAUCGAUCGGCGCGGAAGCUUCGUGGGGCGUGCGCUUCACGAAGGAGGAAGAGGAUAAGGCUCGCAAGUUUAUCAUGGACAUGGCAGAUGAGGUGGCUGCGCGAGUGGAAGCAGCCGGUGCGUAUGGGACUAAAGUCGUCUUCAAGGAGUAUAAACGCAAGAAAAAUGCCAGCAUGGUCGGGUACAAGCAUCUCGGUCAUGGUCCUUGCGUUGUGUUCACUAGGAGCGCCAGGAUUCAAACGCGGAGCGCGGGACGGCCCUUGAAAGAGCUUUUGAGACAGGCGUGCAUUCGCCUGCAUAAUGACCUGGGCUUGCACAGUGACGAACUUCGAGGAGUAGGGGUCCAAAUGACAGAUCUCUCGUUUGCGGACUUGAACUUUGAUCAUGCGGAGGCGACGACGGCGGGGUCCACGAGGCGCAUCGACUCCUUCUUUGAAACUGCAGUACCGUCAUCGAUUGGAAACGGUUUGUCGAUAUCGCAGCGGAGAAAGGCGGCAAAUGAGGCAAUCAAAGAUUUACCUUCUUCGCGGAACGGGUUGGGACAAGUGAGCAAUCAAUCAAAGGGUGGAGCUUUCGACAAAGAAGAACCAUUUGAAGUGGAAUUCGUCAAGAAGCAUUCAGAAAGGAUAGAGGCGAGUAAGGAAAGAAUGGCUUCACCAAUUGAUGAGCAAACUGAGACUCACCUUGCUGAUAUCGAAGAUGAGGAUAGAAUCGAACCUGCCCCAGCACAAGUUGAGUUUCAACGCGCUCCCCAGGUCAAAGAUGCGGUGGGAAAAGCCCACGAGAGCAGAGAAUUGGACAUUCCGAAGGGUUGGGACCGUGAGGUAUUCCAUAAUUUACCCAAAGACCUACAAGACGAGCUUUUGAAAAGCAGCAGCCACGCCAUUGCAGCAGGUCAUCCUCCACCAAGGGAAGCUGAGGCUGUCACAGACGACACCAGCGCGCACCGCAUAGCGCCGCCCAAACGGCGGCGCAACCCAAAGCCAAAGCCCGCCGCGGCUCAAGCGGAGCGGGCGAAACGGCGAAAGGCGGGUCAAGUGACGAUGACGCAAUUCGCCGACAUAUCCAAUCUCAAAAAAAGGGGUCACAACGUGCUAGAUGCGGAAGAGUUUCGGGAAAUGCCGCUGCGGGAUUGCGUAGAACUGCUUGGGGACUUGCGCGGUAAACCUUUAAACGUGCGGACGCUGCAGACCGACAGGCGAAAUGUGGAGACGGAGAGGACAGGAAGGAGAGAGGGAGAGGAGGAUGAAUUGGAGGACCUUGAGAUCCCGUCGCCGCCCAGCUUGAGCAGCGACUCGGACGGUAGCUGUAGCAUGACGGAGAUGGUGUUGAGGCAGGGGUUUGAGGAGGGACCUGUUUACGCGGAAGAGGAGCUGAGCACUUAUGCUGAGGUGUUGCGUGUGUGGAUGAGGACGGUGGCCGGGGAUGUGAAGAGCGGGCAUGUAGAGUUGAUAAGAGGGAGAGUGCUGGAGUUGUUGAGGAGGAAAAAGCUGGAGAGGGUGUGCUCCGAGAUGCGAUUGGUGAGGCUGUUUGUGGGCGAGGAGGGUAUGGGGGCGUGGGUGGGGCAUUACAACAGGAUUUUAGACGACGUGCAGGAAGAGUGCCGGGUGCUGUACAAGUUUCGGCUUGCAUUGCGGAAGGCAUGA